AUGACUUUCGCCAGGGUGCUACACGUCGCGGCUCUCUUCCUGAUGCAAGGGGAUUUUCCAGGACAUGGCAGCGAAACUGUAACUCUAAAGGAAGGAGAGGACCUAAAUCUCCACUGCAGGCUCAGCGGUGACGGCAGUUCUGCCCGGCAAUGGUUAAACCCUCACAACUUUACCAUUUUUAUCAACACCCUGCGCGCUUUAAGAGAUCAGAGGUACAAACUUAUCCAUUCUUCAAAGGAUGAAUUAUCCAUCCAACUGUCUAACGUAACAGUGCACGACGAAGGCGAAUAUAACUGCUUCUACUAUGGCAUCCCAUUCAAAAGCAUGAACACGACGGUUGAGGUGUUAGCUGCUCCUUCUAAUCCAGUACUGGAAGUAUCCCAAGACACAGAAAGAAGCAUUACAUUGUCUUGCUACACUCAAGGGUGCAAACCACAGUCCCAGAUUACCUGGCUCUUGAACAACGGGAUAGAGCUCCCUGGUGACAGUAAGCACGAGUUAGAAGCUGAUGGGAAGAAAUGGACCACAGUCAGCACGCUGACCGUCCUCGCCUACGGGCCCAAUUCAACAGCCAGCUGCAUCGUUCGUCACCAAGCACUAAGAGAAAAGAAGCUGACAGCAUCUUUCCAGUUCAAGGAUCUCUCCAGGACAGGCAUUGCCCCGUCUGCGCUCGAGGUGCAUACACCUGACAACGAGAAUUCUACAGGAUCCAAACAACCAGCUGUGCCUUCUGCAGCAUCAGAGGAUCCAGCAGUUACCAGCUCAGCAUCAAUCCAGAAAAACCUCCAACCAGACAACACAUCUGCUUGGUCCGAAGUGACGCCAGCUGCAGCCAAAAAGGAAGAACUGACUGGUUCGAGUUAUCGUGUCCCCAGCAGGACUGAAACAGCAUUCUAUGUGAACGUCACAGAACAGGAACUUUCCAGGACAGAAGCUCCGCAACCAAGUGAAAAUGCAACUGGGAUUUCCAUCAUCACCUUCAAGCCAGAUCUGAAAUCCGAAGGCAUGAAAAAGGAGAAUAAUCUCUUGCUGCCAGUCUUGGUGGCUGCUCUGAUUUUCGUGCUGCUCGUCAUUGUUCUGCUUUUUAUGAGGAAGCUGAAAAAAGCUUAUGGAGUGUGGAAAAGAGAAAAUGAUGUUUCAGAGCAGACAUUGGAGAGUUAUAAAUCCAAAUCUAAUGAAGACAGUCUGGGCCACGAGAAGAAUGGACACGUCGUCAGUCAGAAAUCCAACGCGCAAUAUGUAACAGAGGGACAUGAGGAAACGAAGCACAAGAAUUCGGGAGAUAAAACCGCUGCA